UACAUAUUUUGCAUUUUCAGAUUGGCUCUCAGUUAGAGUCUCAUUUGUUGAAACACACCAAGACUGGUAAUACCUACAACACCGAAAUCAAGGAGGUUUGUGCGCUCUUCACCACCGAUGUAAUAUCAUCGGUCGCCUUUGGCAUACAAGCUAAUAGUUUGAAAAAUCCAAACGGUGAAUUUCGCACACAUGGGCGAAAGUUUGUGAAUUUUACGCUCGGUAGAGCGCUCUCCUUUAUCAUCGCAUUCUUCUACCCAAAUUGGGUUAGCACAUUUAAAGUAAAAGUUUUCACGGCUGAAUUCUCUUCCUUUCUACGCAAAACAAUCGAUCAUGCUAUUACGGAAAGAGAGAAGACUGGAGCCAUACGUAACGAUUUAAUCGAUGUGUUGUUGGGUAUGAAAAAGGAGUUGCUCGCGAGGCAAGAGUACGAUAACGAGGCGCAGGAUAUGCUAACAGCGCAGGCAGCAGUAUUUUUAACUGCCGGUUUUGAGACGUCAUCUUCAACGAUGGCUUUUGCGCUGUACGAAUUGGCCAAACAUCCGGAUUUACAGGAGCGACUACGCAACGAAAUUCGCGACGCACUUCUUAUCGAUCAUGGCAAACUAUCUUAUGAGACCAUCACCAAUUUACCAUAUCUGGGCAUGGUAGUGGAUGAGGUCUUACGUUUGUAUCCAGUACUACCUGUGCUCGAUCGCGAGCACCUUCCACGGGAAGAAGAUAAGCCGUUUGAUCUACGACCGUACUAUGAUUACAAAGUACCAACCGGUAUGGCUGUUUAUAUACCAAUUUUCGGCAUACAACGCGAUCCUAAGUACUGGCCCAAUCCUGACACCUUCGAUCCGGAACGAUUCAGCCCUGAAAAUAAAAAGCUACACGAACCCAUGGCCUACUUGCCAUUUGGCACUGGUCCGCGCAAUUGCAUUGGUAGCCGUAUUGGUUUACUACAAGCAAAAAUUGGUUUGGUUCACAUUUUGAAAAAUCAUUUCGUGACCUUUUGCGAUAAGACACCAGCGGAGAUAACUUUCGAUCCCAUGUCUAUAGUGCUGCAAUAUAGGGAAGGCAUAUACUUGAACGUAGUAAAUGAUGCGCUAUAUGAGCAAAAUGCGAAUUAAGGAUAUUGGGAGGAAGUAUCAUCUUACAAAAUAUGAGCUGGCGUAUACAGUCCUAUGUUAAUAUACAGUCCUAUGUGAUAAACGAUAAGUAACAAGAUGCCGAAAGUCUAC